AUGCAUCCCAAGCCGACAGGAAAAGACGAUAGGACAGCCGAGGCUGGUGGGGUGGCUGUCGCGCCUGGGCUUGCGGAGCCGAGUGAUUUGCAGUUGUUGGCCAAAAUGGGCUAUAAGCAGGAAUUGAAAAGACAGUACUCCACGCCGCAAAUGUUUGCGAUCGCGUUUAGCAUUAUGGGUCUUGUACCGUCUAUCGCGUCGACUAUCGCAUUUUCACUACCGGCAGGUCCUGUUGGGAUGGUUUGGGGAUGGUUCACGGCGAGUAUCUUCAUUAUUGUGGUUGCAUUGGCUAUGUCCGAUUUGGCAUCUGCAAUGCCAACGGCUGGAGGUCUAUAUUUUUGGACCCAUUAUUUUGCCGAUGAGAAGUACAAGAACCCUUUGAGCUUCUUGAUUGGCUAUUCAAACACGCUGGGCCUCAUUGGCGAUACAUUUGCACUCAUGAUUCUAUCUUGUGUCUCUAUUUCUGGCGACUCGGACUGGACAGCCUCACGCGGCGUGAUCUACGCUGUUUAUGUGGGGUUGAUCCUUUUCCACGGGCUAUCUGCUGCUGUCUUAGGCCGCGUGAUGCCCAAGAUCCAGACGACCUGUAUUUACAUCAACAUCGGUCUGAUAGUUGCUACCGUGAUUGCAUUACCCGUUGGAAAGGUCGCUCGAGGCGGAUCUUUGAAUUCGGGCAAAUAUGUUUUCAGUCAAGUUGAAAAUGAAACAGGGUGGCCGACUGGGUGGGCCUUCAUGCUUGCUUGGCUCGCUCCAAUUUGGUCUAUUGGUUCCUUCGAUUCUUGUGUGCACAUGAGCGAGGAAGCUAUGCAUGCUGCUAGAGCUGUGCCGCUAGGUAUCAUGUUCUCUGCUGGCUCGGCUCUCGUCUUCGGCUUCUUGGUGCUCGCUGUUAUGGCUGCCACCAUGAAUCCGGAUGUGUCGCAAACUCUGGGUAGCAAGUUUGGACAACCAAUGGCGCAGAUCUACUAUGACGCACUGGGCAAAAAUGGUGCCUUGGGUUUCAUGAUUGUACUAUGUAUCGUCCAGUAUCUGAUUGGCCUUAGCUUGCUUGUGGCCGCAUCACGCCAAGCAUGGGCGUUCUCGCGCGAUGGGGCUUUUCCAUUCUCCAACUUCUUCCGCCAGAUCAGCAGACGGUUUCAAUACCAGCCCGUACGCAUGAUUAUUGGUCUUGUAGUGAUCUGUCUCAUCUUGGGUCUACUGUGCAUUAUCAACAAUGCUGCUACAAACGCCUUAUUCUCCUUGUUCGUUGCGAGCAACUAUCUAUCUUGGGGUAUGCCGAUCUUCUGCCGAUUGGUCUGGGGCGAACAUCGAUUCAAGCCGGGAGAGUUCUAUACUGGCCGCUUCAGUAGGCCAAUCGCAUGGAUUGCUGUUCUCUACUUGCUUUUUGGUGUGGUUUUGUCGAUGUUUCCCAACGCAGCGCCGAAUCCGGGUCCGCCUGAUAUGAAUUAUACAGUUGUUAUCAAUGGCUUUGUCUGGAUUGGUUGUAUGGCCUAUUACUUCCUGUUUGCCAAACACUGGUUCACGGGGCCGCGAACAACAGUCGACGAAGAUCGCUCUACUGAGUCAGAUACCGCUAUUGUCAAUUCUUUGCCCAACGACUCCCACAUAUCAAAGGAAAAUUAA